GCUGAGGUCCCUAAGCUAAGGAGUGAAGAGUGGGGCCGGCGGGGUGAGGUCCGGGACUGAGAUAGGGGUACGCGGGGCUGCACCCCGCCGCGGACCCUGGCUCUCACACAUCCCGCUUUCCUGCGUCGGAUCCGGGCGCGACGGGCGGUGUCGCGCGCUUGACGUCAUCGCGAGGCGCCGCGCGCGGCCGGAGGGAGCGUCGACCUCCAGUGGCGUCGGGAGCUGCACCGCGAUGCUGCAGUUAGUCCGGGCCGGGGCGCGGGCCUGGCUUCGACCUUCGGGCUGCCGGGGCCUCAGUUCGCUGGCGGAAGAGGCAGCACGGCCCGCGGAGAACUCAGAGCCGGUGGCCAGUGCGGGUCUCCGAGAGCCGGUGUUGCGCAAGUGCGAACGCCCAGUACCAGCGCACCGGCGCCCUGUGCAGGCCUGGGUCGAGUCCCUGCGGGGCUUCGAGCAGGAGCGCGUGGGCCUGGCUGAACUGCACCCCGAUGUUUUCGCCACUGCGCCCAGGCUAGAUAUCCUGCACCAGGUUACCACCUGGCAGAAGAACUUCAAGAGAAUUAGCUAUGCCAAGACCAAGACUAGGGCUGAAGUGCGGGGCGGUGGCCGGAAGCCCUGGCCACAGAAAGGCAGUGGGCGAGCCCGGCAUGGCAGCAUCCGUUCCCCCAUCUGGCGAGGAGGAGGUAUUGCCCAUGGCCCCCGGGGCCCCAAAAGUUACUACUACAUGCUACCCAUGAAAGUGAGGGCGCUGGGCCUCAGGGUGGCAUUGACCGUCAAGCUGGCUCAGGAUGACCUGCACAUUGUAGACUCCCUGGAGCUGCCCACUGCAGACCCCCAAUACUUAACAGACCUGGCCCGCUACCGCCGCUGGGGGGACUCUGUGCUCCUCGUGGACUUGAUACACGAGGAGAUGCCACAGAACAUUGUGGAGGCCACCUCUGGGCUUAAGACCUUUAACUUGAUCCCGGCUGUCGGUCUGAACGUGCAUAGCAUGCUCAAGCACCAGAGCCUGGUCCUCACCCUGCCCACUGUCGCCUUCCUGGAGGACAAACUACUCUGGCAAGAUUCGCGUUACUCUCCCCUCUACCCAUUCCGUCUGCCCUACAGCGACUUCCCCUGACCCCUUCCCUGCGCUGCCAGGACCCUCGGAUACCCUCUUUUCUGCUGCACAGCCGUGAGCCAGAUCCAGCCCUCAGCAGAUUCAGGAGCCUCCUGCCUGGCCCCUGCCUCCUGUCACAGAGGAAGCUGAGGCCACACAGAGCAACCAAGCAGUCCUCAGCCCCGGGGAGAGGCUGUUCUGCAGAGCCAGGAUGAGCUCCGUCACAGUGCUCUCUUUUGUUGGGUUUUAAAUAAAUUUUAUUUUUUCAUCCAAG